GCAGCGGCGGCGGCACCGGCGGCACCGGCGGUACCGGCGGUACCGGCGGUCGGGAGAAGCCGCAGCGAUGUCGGAACGGAAAGUGCUCAACAAAUAUUACCCCCCGGACUUCGAUCCGGCCAAGAUCCCGAAGCUGAAGCUCCCGAAGGACCGGCAGUACGUGGUGAGGCUCAUGGCCCCCUUCAACAUGAGGUGCAAGACGUGUGGGGAGUACAUCUACAAGGGCAAGAAGUUCAACGCCCGCAAGGAGACGGUGCAGAACGAGUCCUACCUGGGGCUGCCCAUCUUCCGCUUCUACAUCAAGUGCACGCGCUGCCUGGCGGAGAUCACCUUCAAGACAGACCCUGAGAACACGGAUUACACCAUGGAGCACGGCGCCACCAGGAAUUUCCAGGCAGAGAAGCUCCUGGAGGAGGAGGAGAAGAGGAUGCAGAAGGAGAGGGAAGAGGAGGAACUCAACAAUCCCAUGAAGGUCCUGGAGAACCGAACCAAGGACUCCAAGCUGGAGAUGGAGGUCCUGGAGAACCUGCAGGAGCUGAAGGAGCUCAACCAGCGCCAGGCCAACGUGGAUUUUGAGGCCAUGCUGAAGCAGUACAAGGAGCUGGAGGAGGAGCAGAGGCGCAAGGAGCAGGAGGAGGACGAGCAGGAGAUGAAGGCCAUGCUGGAACAGGCCCAGAACCGCCGGCUCCUGGUGGAUUCCGACUCUGACGAGGAAGCGGCGAAACCCCGCCCCAACCCCACGGCCCAGACGAAACCCACGGACAUCCUGCAGGAGGACCCCCAGCCCCAGAGCAAGAAGCCGAGGACGGAGAGCUGGGAGCGCAGCGUGGGCAAGCUCAGCACCAAGGCCCAGCUGGCCGGGCUGGUGGCCCGCAGGAAGCAGAAGCCAGAUCCUGCCCUGGAUAAUGGGAUGGAAACCCAAGGCACCACGGCCAACACCGGCUCGCUUCCAGCAGCAGCAGCAGCAGCAGCCACGUCCUCGCUGGGCUUGUUGGGAGCCUACACAGACAGCGAGGACAGCACCAGCGACUGAGGAGCCAGCAGGGAAGGGACAGGGCAGGGAUGGGACUGUCCCCCCUCCCUGCUGCUCCUGCAGC